AUGGCUAAAUGGAGCCCUCCCCCCUUCCCUUCAUUCAAAAUUCAGUUUGAUGGGGCUUCUAAGGGGAAUCCGGGAAGGUCUGGUUUUGGAGUAGUUAUUUUUCAUCAUUCUUCUAAGAUCAUUAAAGCCGUGGGAAAACAUAUUGGUCAGGGUACUAAUAAUGUGGCCGAGUUCCAGGCUUUAUCCUUUGGACUUGAUCUCGCUCUUUCAUUAAACAUAAAAGAUAUUGUUAUUGAAGGAGACUCAAUGGUGGUGUUUCAGGUGGUUGUUGCCAAAAAAUGUCUCUCUUGGCAUUUGCAGUAUUUUUCAGACCACAUUCUUGUGCAAUUAAAGUGCUUUUCCACUUUCUCUAUCUCUCACUGUUUUAGGGAGAUCAAUGUCAUUGUGGAUUUCUUGGUGAAUAAGGUUAUUGCUGAGGAUGCUGAUUUCUUAGAGGUUUCUCCUUCGGACAUUCCUAUUUCCUGCAUGAAGCUUCUUUCUUAG